CAUUGCUCAUACUCGGAUUCCAACAUGAUGUUGAUGGAGUCCUUGAGUUAACUGCAAGACUUUCGGCGAAAGCCUCAUGAUAUCUACGUUGCCCUCCCUCAACACUAGGUGUCCAGAAAACCAUCUUUUCUGAUAGAAAUCUUAAUUGGAUAGUGUAAUUGAAUCAAAAUUUCCGUUAAUCAUGGCCUCUUCAUCCACAUCAAUCCCUAGUUCGCCUGCUGAGCUUGCUGGAUCUCCCACCAAAUCCAUGCCACACAAUAACGCUCGCCCAGCUCAUCGCUCCAGGCCUCCGAAGCCUAACUACAAGCACAUCCACCGGUUUCCUCUUCCCCUCGAUGUUCAUCCUCUACCACCUCUCAUUCCUCACAAUCCUCUGUCGCUCAUUAGUGUGGUGCUGUCUUACCUGACUUAUUUUAUCUCUCGACCUCACCAAGAAACCUAUGCCGCCUACUUCGAUUCUGCGACGUCCUCCGUCCAUGUCACGGACGAAAAGGCUAUUCAAGCCUUGUGGGAGAUGGGGUUCUUUGGAAAGGGCACUUUAAGCCGAAGUCAGCCUAGUUGGCUGGAACGCGAGAAGAAACGGAGGGGAUUACUCGGUGGCCAGACCAACGAGGAACUCACACGGCAGCGUAGAACAGAACGACGUGAACUGAAACUUGAGAGAGCGAGAAUGGAGAAGGUAGCAAUUGAGCAGAGACUGAAGGCCGAAGCUGCUGCACGUGAGAGUGGUGCUACUACCGUCGACCUGACGACGGCGACCCUACUCGCAGACGGUGCUCCUGGUGGCACAGCCGUUACACUCGAAAAGUUCUCUCUUCGGAAAGCAAGAGAAGCUAGAAUGCUCGAAUCACAGCGUUCCAAGGAGCAGGGAAACAACGGCCCUGCCUCCUCGUCUCCCAGGCAAGAGUCUCCCAGGCAAGAGUCUCCCAGCAAGGCAGUUCGCUUUUCACCUGUUGUUCAAGAGAAAGAAUUUGCGUCAGACUCGGCAAUUGUACGCCUUCCCGAGCCAGCUACAGAGGCUCAGGAGACGUCACAGGAAGAGCUUCCUUUAAAAAACGAGGAACACUUACAGUUAUCGAACGAAGAGGCUUUUUUCCUUGCUUAUGGGCUUGGGAUUCUUCAUGUCUACGAUCAUCAGCAGAAGACCAUCAUUCCUCCUACGUCUCUACUCUCUUUAUUCUGUCACAACUCAUACUACCCUCCACGUGAUUCAUCCACCGAUCUGAAACCGGACGAUCCUUUUAUGAUAUCUUACAUUGUCUACCAUCACUUUCGAUCCCUGGGCUGGAUUGUGCGUUCUGGGGUUAAAUUUGGAGUGGAUUAUCUUCUGUACAACCGCGGACCCGUAUUCUCCCACGCUGAGUUUGCGGUUGUAGUUAUUCCUGCCUACGAGCACUCCUACUGGUCUGAAACAUCAGAUAGGAGAUCUUAUUGUGCCACGAAACAGGCACGAAGUUGGUGGUGGCUGCAUUGCGUGAAUAGAGUGCAGGCGCAAGUUAAGAAGAGCUUGGUGGUAUGCUACGUGGAAGUUCCACCGCCGCGAUCUCACGAUUCGAAGAAUCACUCGGACAUCGGGGAUCUCCUUUCUCGAUACAGGGUGCGGGAAAUGCUAAUCAGGCGGUGGGUUCCUAAUCGCACGCGGGACUAACUUCGCCUCCGAUAUCGCCUCUAUAUCAUUUACUACAUCAUAAAUAGCCUGUUAGGCUUUCAACCGGCGAAGGGCGCUGCUCUUCGGUUGGCGAAGUGACCUACUGUAACAGUAUUGUGAGACGAUAUGGGAAGCGCCUUGUCGACACUGGACCGGUAAUCUGAUUUCAAUCAGAACUAUCUUUACAUAGGCACUCGGUUUUGGCGAACCGCAAGAUCCUUGUGUAGCCUGGAUUCAGGAUGUAGUAUAACUCUUCAGUGGAACAUUUUGUUGGAAAUACGUUCUAUUC